CUCUUAUUUAGGUUAUAUCAAGAUAAGCGUGUACAACUGUUUUUGUAUACUUCUGAAAACUGAAAUUUUAUUCUAAAAAAUCCCUAAAAUCAGUACCGAGCGUCGAUUCUGACAAGCACAAAUAAUGAUCGAGGUAGAGGAAGUCAUAGUCAACGAGUAUGAGGAACCGGAAAUGCUGAUGGAGGAGGAAGUUGUUUCAUCGCCAGCCAUCAGACAAAAUAUCGGUACGUUCAAGAAGGUACCGGUUCUCCGAAAACCGGGCGAAGUUAUCACCCCGCUAGGAAAGAGGCAACCUGUCGGCAAUGCUAGUACUUCGGGAAUGCAGAACAAAGCUCUCCCAGCAGGAAAACACUCCGAGUGGUCCAGAGUGCCUGGCCCAUGGACCAAACCAAUGAUGAGUUCAGCAAGCCAAUCCAUAUUCCCAAAGUUGGAACACAUGCAGAACGAGUCUCACGGAGAUGAUUAUCACGACGACGAGGAACUAGAGACCCCGCCUUGCACAAGCUGCUACAGCAAACAGAUGGAACGCAUCGAAAGUAAACUAGACUUUAUCCUAUCGAAGCUGUCGGUGCACGACGAUUCACUGAAAGUUCUCAAAUACAACAUCAAAGACCUGAGAGUCGAACUGAAAAACAGUAAUAAACCUACGACAGCGGAAACCUCCUCGAGUGCACCUUCGCUAGAAAGCUUCCACAUAGCGAUGAAAGUGGAACGAAAGCGGACUAUUAUUUUUCCGAUCUCGGAUGACAACUAUUUGCUUCGGCUGGAAGAGCUGGUUCAGGCCGACGAAAACAUACGCUGCGAAAUUAUAAGUGUCUAUAACGAGGCCCCCCAAAACAGUACCUACGACUAUCUGAGAAAGAACAUUACGAACCUGUUUGAAAACGCCUCUAAAUACACGUGGACCGGAAAGCCACCGAACAACACACCGAAUGCGCCCGGAUCGAAUGCUGCCUGCCGGCUUCAGUUGGUCGAAAUUUUGAUCAGCUGCUGCAACGAAAAGUUUCCGCAGAUAAGUCGAACCCAGCUUCAGAAGGAGUUCCGGCGGGCCUUGACCAACUUCAACGAGGCUCGAGAGCUGAGGCGCCGGCGGAAAACGGAAAGCAACCAGUUGAUGCACUCGUUCGUGGAGAAGUUCGAUGAGUGUUAGUUGGAUUUUUUUAAAAGAAAUAUUUCCAAGACAUUUUAGUUAAUAUAAUAUGUUUAAA